AUGAAACUGCUCAUGUGGAUAUUUUGCCAUAUUCUUUUUGUGAGUCACGGCGAGGGAGAAGAGACUCGGCAAAUUGGAGUGCGAUUUGUUCUCGAUAAUAUGUACCAAGAUUUAUUCUUGAAAUAUCACAGCAACCGAAGUGCAUAUUUGGACGUGUAUCUACAAGCGUUCUUAAAUUCGGCGAGCCUUUUUUUUCGUGAUCUGAAAAAUCCAAGCUUGGAGUUUGUCCUUGUUGGCACUUAUAACACGACGAUUAACAAUACAUUCCUAGCAAGCAAGAAUAAGGGAAACAAUGAAGAGUUUCUUUAUCUACUGCAGGAUUUAGGAAUCAGGCAAAAUUUUUCAUCUGAUGACCUGGUUUUUUUCCUACAUCCAUACCAGUGGCAAGCAUCAUACGAAUUCCAAACAUCCUUCUUUGAUGGAUUUUGCAAAUUCAGAGGAUAUGGAUUCGGUCAUGACGACGCAAGAACAUUCAGUGGCGUGACAAUGGCGGCGCGUCAAUUUGCUCGCCUAUUGGGUGCCAACGCUGACAGUAUAAGUGGAUGCCAAAGCAGUACUUUCCUGAUGGCCAAUAAUAGAAGCUCUCCAGAAGUGCAUACAUUGUCGAACUGCAGCAGAAGGGCGAUCGAGUACAAAUUGCAGACUAUCAAAGAUUGCACCUGCUUGAGAACGAAUUCUUCUGUACCUGUGAAUUCGACGUAUCUUCCGUCCCACUUUUUGAGCGGGACAGAUUUAUGCACCAUGCAGAAUGAGAAAUAUACAGUUUGUGACAUUUUGUUUUCUCCCAAAUCUGGCACACAGCACACACAAGCGUUCGUGUUUUCUUGCUUCGUUGCUUGCUGUGAAAAAGGCACGAAAGGAAAAUGGUCUGUUAUUCUUGCCCCCGAUGGCACACAAAGUAAAGAAUGCCAGCUUUGCCUUGCCGGAAAAUGUACUAACGAGACAACCGCCUCUUUAGGAAGCGCUGCAGAGCAAGCUUUGGUGAAUGUAUCGCCUAUUAAAAAAAGAAGCUUCCUAACGUUGGAGCGUGAAUGUUAA